AUGCCUCUCGACCCCAAGGACGAGCCGUUUCCCACGAAACAGCUCAUCAUUAUCGGAAUAUGCCGAUUCUCCGAGCCUCUCGCGUUCAAUUCCAUCCUCGCGUACUCAUACGUGAUGGUCCAGGACUUGGGUAUCCAUGAACGCGAUGCCUCCUUCUACUCCGGACUACUCGUCUCCGCCUACGCCAUCGCUGAGGCCAUCACUGCACCGCUAUGGGGAUCCAUCUCCGACGUUUACGGCAGGAAGCCGGUCGCGCUGAUUGGCCUCGCCGGUGUCGCGAUGUCUAGUAUUGUUUUCGGUAUGGCAGGCACCUUCUGGGUUGCGCUGCUUGCGCGAUUCGUCGGUGGUGCUCUGAACGGAAACGUUGCCAUUAUGCAGACAAUGGUUGCUGAGAUGGUCAAGAACCCAGCUCACGAGCCUCGCGCAUAUGCAACGCAACCAUUUGUCUGGACCUUGGGAGGCAUCAUCGGCUCUGCCAUGGGGGGCUUCCUUGCUCAACCGGCGGUCUUCUACCCCAACGCUUUCGCCAAGGAUGGUCUCUUCGGGAGGUACCCAUACCUUCUGCCCAACCUCGUCGCCGCAAUCGGUAUCGUCAUGGCUAUUGUUCAGGGCGUACUCUUCCUGCAGGAGACAUUAGUUCGUGAGGAGCCCGACCAGAACGGCGGUAUCAUAUACGGCGACAACAUCAAUGAGAGGAGUCGCCUACUUCCGGCCCAGGAGCCCCACCAGGUUCCAGGACGCGUUCGUGGCUCUAUGGCUGGCUCGAUGCGCGGCCCUCGUGGUUCCAUUGUCAGCUUGACAAGGGACCGCCUCGGGUCCAUGUCAGUCGCUGGCAGCAUUCGCCACAUUCGCAAGCGCGCCUCUUUCUUGGAGGAGGGUAUGCCGGCAGCAUUCGACCAGAGGUUCGAUAUCCGUCGCUCAUCUUUCGGUACCAUGCACUCGAUCAGGGUCACUCCUCACACCGUUCUGCCUACCCGUGGAGCCCCUGCCAAGCCUCGCAACACCUUCAACAAGACUGUUGUCAUGAUGAUCGUUGCGAUGUCUAUCUUCGCAUUCCACCAGAUGGCGUUUAUCAGCAUCCUCCCUGUCUACAUCCUAGAUGAGCCUGCUACCCGAGGUGUGGACUUCCGUGGCGGUCUUGGCAUGUCCCUCCACGACGUGGGUGCAUUCCUAGCCAUCAACGGUUUCAUCGCCUUGUUCGUACAAGGAUUCAUUUUCCCCAUCUUCGUCGAGCAUGUUGGCGUGUGGAAGUCGUUCUUCUACAUGGUCUUGUUUUACCCCAUUUGCUACGUCAUCAUCCCAUUCAUCAGCGCCCUUCCUGAUGAGUUCAUUUCUCCCGGAGUCUACUUUACUCUGCUUCUGCAAGCAUUCUUCAGUAUCAUUGUUUUCCCCUGCUCUCUCAUCUUGAUGAAGAACGCUGUCCCUUCACCCCUGGUUCUUGGCCGUGUCAACGGUCUGGCCAUGUCCGCCUGCUGUCUUGCCAGAACCAUUGCUUGUCCUCUUGUUGGCGCUAUCUACUCUAUCGGUGGCAGCGCUACUGCUUGGUUCGGUCUUACGCUUAUGGCUGUGUUCGGAGUUUUCCAGCUCAUCUGGGUUCCCGAGGAGGACGUUGGCCCGGUCGAGAUCAACAAUGGUCUCAAGAAGGUCGUUCACGGCGACGACGAGCACGAGGACGCAAUCGACGACAUCUCGGUCAUCGGAUCCGUACGGUAG